UUUUAUUAACUGUGGCACUUGCAUUACAAUGCAUUUGUCCAAUGGCGGCGGAUUUUCCGGAAGAGGAAAAUGAGACAUAUUGGGGUAAUAUAAGCGAAAUUGACCUAAACACAAGAGCAAGUGACUUUGAAGUGAAUAAAGCAGCCACUGACAUAUUCGAUAUCCGAGUUGAUUCUUUGCCCAAAGAAUGUCAACAUUUGGCAAUAGCCAGUAGUUGCUCUGAGGUCACUGAAUGUACCAAGCGCAGUGGUUACUACAACGUCACAGUACUCGUAGAAGGUUACCCAAAAUCUUACCUAGUGGAGUGUGAUGCCCAUACAGAUGAUGGUGGCUGGACGGUGAUACAAAGACGCCAGGAUGGUUCCGUUGAUUUCUAUAGACCUUGGAAUGAUUACAAAUAUGGUUUUGGCGAUAUCGAGGGGGAAUUCUUUAUUGGUCUGGAGAAGCUGUAUGCUUUAACCAACUUCCAUGGCCCCCAGGAGCUCUUGAUUUUAAUGGAAAAUGUUACCCUGACCCCGGAAAAUAGAAUAAUUUCCGCUCAUGCCAAAUAUAACUCGUUUGCCAUUGGUUGUGAAACUGAGAAGUAUGUACUGAAGCGAAUUGGUAAAUAUUCAGGAACAGCUGGAGAUUCGUUACAAUAUCAUGUUGGCUAUAAAUUUACGACAAAGGAUCAAGACAAUGAUAGUCGUCCUGGUGAGAAUUGUGCCAUUACAUACUCCGGAGCUUGGUGGUAUAAAAAUUGCUAUCAAAGCAAUCUGAAUGGCAUCUAUGGCUCAAAGGAUAAUAUACUAAGUGGCAUUAAUUGGAAAACCUGGAUGGGCUACAAUGCAUCAUUGAACUAUGUGCAAAUGAUGAUACGCCGAAGAAGGAUUUAAAUGACUUCCUUACUCAGAUUAAAUUUUUCCAAUAAAGAAAUCGUUUCU